GAAAUUCUGUUUGCAGGUAAAAGUAGUGGAGUUUGCAUAUCACAAGGUGGUAGAUUCCCUCCAUUUUCAAGUGAAGGAAAAGCACCGAAGAAAGCAGCAAGAGAUGCACUGAGAUUUUGCAGGGUAUUUCGCAAAAGGACAUGCUGUGAUGUUAGUCAGACGCACGCUGCUCUUUUAUCAAUAAGGAAACUUUCUUCUUACGGGGAAGGAAGCCAAGAUUGCUUGCAAUUAUGGGAACUCGUUGAAUGUUCUAUUUGUGAUCCCCUUGUUGGUGUACAGCAUGGACCUCCACUUAUAUGUUCGUCUCUAUGCGAUAGGCUUUAUCAAGCUUGCUCUACGGCAUACUUUGCUAUGGAUGCAAAGACACAGGCUCUAUCGCCAUGUGGAGCAGGCGACUUUGUAUGUGGUAGAGCUUCGGAAUGGGUAUCUAAUGGAACUGAGCUCUGCCGUGCCUCGGGUUUCUCCGUUACAACCUCAUCAUCAUCUGAAGAAGAAGAAGAAGAAUUAUCGUCGUGUUAUGGUGGAAAGGCGAGUCUUGAUUAUAUUUCUAACUCGUGGAAAAAUUCACAUUCUGAUAUCGUAAGUGGACGAGAACACAAAGACGAGAGUUUUUUGUUCUUGGGAGAUUUUAGGCAAUGGAUUUAUGAUAUGCAAUUGAAUAAAAGAGUUCCUUGGGCUGUCGGAGGAAUGGUUCUCACCGCUGGACUUGUGUUUGCAAGUAAAAGGAAAACGCACAAUCAACGUCAGAAGCAAGCUGGGAGGAAACUGGGUAACAGAAAGAUUUUUUAAACCAAAAUCCGCUUCGUUAUGAAUUUAUCUAUCGCCACUGUUUCAAUACUUGAACAUUGGGGUUUUGUAUGCCCUUUUGUUAUCUAUAUAAUAUAUAAACUUAACUCCAUUUGGCACCAUAUAUACACGCAAUACCUGUUAUCCUUAUGUGUUGUCCUAUCUUAUUCAUCCGUCAUGUUUACAUUCUUUGCUUUUUUAAAUCGUAAUAUAUUUCAUUUUCAGAU